GGAUUCCUCGGAACAAAAGAAAAAAAAAACCCGAGAACCCUUAAAAAACUCUCCUUUAAUUCCCCGAAUCUUUGAAACCCUUGUUUACACCUCGACCUUCGAUUUUGGUGACUAGGGUUUGCUUCAAGGCAUUGAAAUCAUGGCUACCAGAGUUCAAUUUGAGAAUUCGUGCGAAGUUGGUGUUUUCUCCAAGCUCACCAAUGCCUACUGCUUGGUUGCCAUUGGAGGUUCUGAGAAUUUCUACAGUGCAUAUGAAGCUGAGCUGGCCGAUGUUAUCCCUGUGAUCAAAACUUCAAUAGCCGGUACCAGAAUCAUUGGCCGGCUUUGUGCAGGGAACAAGAAUGGGCUUCUUUUGCCGCACAACACCACUGAUCAAGAGCUUCAUCAUUUGAGGAACUGCCUGCCUGAUCAAGUAGUUGUUCAGCGAGUUGACGAGAGACUGUCUGCUCUCGGAAAUUGUGUUGCCUGCAAUGACCACGUAGCUCUUACACAUACUGAUCUAGACAGGGAAACAGAGGAGCUCAUAGCUGAUAUUCUCGGAGUCGAAGUAUUUAGGCAAACAAUUGCUGGAAACAUUCUCGUCGGAAGUUAUUGCACAUUUUCCAACAGAGGAGGCUUGGUUCAUCCUCAUACGUCAGUCGAAGACCUAGACGAACUUUCAACGCUUCUUCAAGUACCUCUUGUCGCUGGAACUGUCAACAGAGGCAGCGAGGUCAUUGCUGCAGGGAUGACCAUCAACGAUUGGACAGGUUUUUGUGGAUCGGACACUACAGCCACCGAGCUGUCCGUGAUUGAGAGUGUGUUCAAGCUUAGAGAAGCUCAGCCCAGCUCCAUAGUUGAUGACAUGAGGAAAUCACUUAUUGAUAGUUUUGUAUGAAGAUUUGGUUUUGCAAUUGUAAAAGGGUUUAUGAGAGGAAAUGUUGGUCUUGAAGUUGAAUUUUGUUUUGUAUGAGAGGAAAUGUUGGUCUUGAAGUUGAAUUUUGUUUUGUAUCUCCCAAAAUUAGUUGAGCAAUAAAUAGUUAAUUGUAUCCGCA